GCUGUCAAACUUAGCACUGCUUUUAUAAGUAUCAAUACACAUAACUCUUACAUUAAGAAUUUUUUUGGAAAAAAAUGGAGGAUCUACGUCAAGCUGCAAAAGCUUACUUCUACCAUGCGCCUGCAGAAGUUAAACAGCAGGCAUACGACCUCUUCGGGGAAAUGGACACGGAUGGAGAUAGCGAGAUAAGCUCUUCUGAGUUCAAAGAAUACGUUCAACAAGCAGGCUACAAUAUGAUUCAUUCUAAUUUCUUCCAUGAAUUAGACCAUGAUGGUAAUGGUCGCCUAGAUUUCUGGGAGUUUGUCACUUUCUUCUACGUGGUGACGACUCGUACCACAUUAUGCUGUCAUUGUAAAGCAUAUCUGAUAAAGCUGUAUUUUACAUGUGUUGAAUGCUUUGAGCGUGCUAACUAUUCAUAUGAUCUUUGCCUCUCUUGUUAUGGGAAACGACAAUUUCAGCAUCAACACACAGUCUUCUUGGAUAACUAUGUGAUGAUCAUGAGAAAGCCACCAUUGUUUGCAGCAAACAGAUUUUCAUCAAGUACCGCUCAGCCUCAGCCUCAGCCGCAGCCUCAGCCUAAGCCGCAGCCGCAGCCUUCUCAGACUGAUCAUCUGGCACUUGCAACUCAGACUCAUCAUCUGGCACUUGCAACUCAGACUCGUCAUCUGCCAUUUGCAACUCACUCCAAGAGGCACAAACUGAAGACAGCAUUCGAACUGUUGCAUAUGGGAAUUUCUACUUGGGCUGCGGCAGCUAGCCUGGAUUGUAGCAUUAUGUGAUACAGUCAGCAGCCAGUUCGAGAAUCUGUCAGUGCAGAAUUACGGUGAAUAACAUAAUAAUUUUUGUCAUACAAAAUAUUUCAUCAGCUCGAUGUCCUUCAUAAUGAACCAUGGUGCCUGUUUAUGUUGUCUUUAUGUACUAAAUAAGACUACAUGUUGUCUUAAUUGUGUUUGGUGUUGUUAUAUAUUAAUUAAAUUAAAUUAUUUCUAAGCUUUGUACUGAGUCAAGAUUGGAUGGAUUGUGGAAUGAAUACUAGUUUACUUGUUUGGUGUA